AUCUAAAAAAUUAUUCUUUUCUUUCCUUUUCUUAGCUUUUAAAAAAAAAAAAUGAAAAGCUAAGCUGCUAGGAACUUGCUGUUUCUAGUGAUGUCAAGCAGCAAAGGGAAAGAUAUAGCAGAAGGCUCAUCAAGAUCAGGUGGUGGUGGUGGUGGUGGUGGUGCUAAUGCUACUGAUCAGCAGAACCCACCUCCGUUGAGCCGGUAUGAGUCGCAGAAGCGCCGAGAUUGGAACACUUUCGGCCAGUAUUUGAGGAACCAGAGGCCACCAGUUGCACUAUCUCAAUGCCACGCUAACCAUGUUCUUGAUUUUCUUCGGUACCUGGAUCAAUUUGGCAAGACUAAGGUGCACUUACAAGGGUGUGUUUAUUUCGGCCAGCCAGAGCCACCAAGUCCUUGUACUUGCCCUCUCAAGCAAGCUUGGGGUAGCCUUGACGCACUCAUCGGCCGGCUAAGGGCUGCUUAUGAAGAAAAUGGUGGCUUGCCGGAGACCAACCCUUUUGCAAGUGGUGCUAUUCGAUUGUAUCUGCGAGAAGUCAGAGACUCACAAGCCAAGGCUAGAGGUAUUCCUUACAAGAAGAAAAAGAAGAAGCGGAAUCCGAUGAAAGCUAGUGAUGAUCAUCAAAGCUCAAGCUUUCCCAUGCAGUAAUCUUGAUUCCUGUGGUCCCUAUAAAAAAAUCUUAUGGCCCUCAAAAUUUUCAAAAAAGUGGUAGCAUUCACCAUUACCAUUUUGGAGUUCUAUCAACUCUUCCCUUUGGAUUGAGUAGCUAGUUCUUGGCCUUUGCUAAUGGCUGAAAGCACUCUAAUCUGUAGAUGAGGAAAACGCAUCAAGUCGGUCAAGAAAAAAAAACCAAGAGAUGAAAUGGGGUAAGUAAACUUUUUUUCCUAGCACCUUUGUCCAUUUCAUUUUAAUUACUAUCUUAUCAAACAUAAUCAAGUUUGCUCUAUCAUCAUCAUGUAAUAUAAUUAUCCGAAUAUGUGUAUUAUUGAUCUAUUGAUGCGAAAACUAUGUAUAUCUUAGUUUCAAUGUUAUCAAAUAAUUUUUUUUUGUCUCGA